AUACGUCACGCUUACGUCAGCGGUCGAAGUUGAAUCGUUGACGCAGGCGGGCUCGUGGUGGCUGGAGGAUUCGCGGGAAACAUCUAAAAUCAAACCUGCGGAGCGUGAAGGAGCGUGGCUCGGCUUUUCCUUGAACCGCACGCGGCUCCCGGUCAGAGAGCGGCGGCUACCGUGCGCGCGCCGGUACGUAGGGGCCUCGCGGCGGCGGCGAAGGGAGAAGGAGGGAGACGGAGCGGAAGAAAUGGCGGAGCGGCCAGAGGACCUGAACCUUCCCAACGCGGUGAUCACCCGCAUCAUCAAGGAGGCGCUCCCAGAUGGGGUGAACGUGUCCAAAGAGGCCCGGCGCGCCAUCUCCCAGGCGGCCAGCGUCUUCGUGCUGUAUGCAACCUCCUGUGCCAAUAACUUCGCCAUGAAGGCCAAGAGGAAGACGCUGAAUGCAGGAGACGUGCUGGCGGCCAUGGAGGAGAUGGAGUUUGAGCGAUUCCUGGAGCCGCUGCGGGACGCUCUGGAAGUGUACAAGAAAGACCAGAGGGGGAGGAAGGAGGUGAGCGAACAGAAACGCAGAGACAAGGAGAGGAAGGCCGACUCCGAGAACGAGAAGAGCAGAGAGGAAGAGGAGGAGGAAGAGGAAGAGCAGCAGCGCAUGGAGGAGGAGCCGGAGGAGGAAGGCGAGGAAGAGGAGGACAACUGACUGUCCAACAGACCCGGGCGGUUCUGAUCCGGUUCAGCCUCUUCAAGCAUUUUAACAGGAAAGCUUCAGCUGAACUACUCCAGAUCCCGGACUGGAAUCACCCAGAUCCCGGACCGGAGUCAUUCUCCAUUUUCUCCACCUGUCAGGAAUAAAACGUUAAAGGAUCCGGACCGCCAAGCUGGAGCGGUUCUGAUGUCCUCCCGGCGGGUCGGAAUCGUAGUUUUCAUCAGUUUGUAUUUUUGUAAACUUGUUUGACUGAAAUAUUUCAAUAAAUGUUUUGUAUAAAA